AUGGUCAAGAUUGCUGCCAUACUUCUCCUCAUGGGCGUUCUCGCCAACGCUGCUGCCCUUCCCGUCAGCGAGCCUGCUGCCGCCCCCAUCAGCGAGCCUGCUGCCCUCGUCAAGCGCGGAAACGCUGCGACUAUUGCUGCGGAAUCCAGUGAUAUCCCCGACUUCAGCGUUCAACUUACUCACCCCACUGGCGAGGGAGACCGCGGGAAUGUCACCGACCAAACCGAUUUAUCCAGGGAUAUCAUCCCGGAGACUCAGGCUGCCAGCUUUGCCGCUGAUGCCGACCAGGCAGCCUCUUCACCACGUUCCGUCACUGACAGGCUUCUCUACUCGACCACCAUGGGCGCCUUCUUGACUGCUAAGCGCAACAGGAAUCCUCGUAACCUGGACUGGACCGACGAUGGAUGCAGCAAUUCCCCCGACAAGCCUGCAGGAUUUAACUUCCUAGACUCAUGCAAGCGCCACGACUUCGGAUACCGUAAUUACAAGAAGCAGCGCCGUUUCACCGAAGGCAACCGCAAGCGCGUGGACAAUAAUUUCAAGAAAGACUUAUACAAGGAGUGCAGCAAGCACUUCGGCCCCAUAGGCAGCGCCUGCCGCAGAAUCGCCGAUACCUACUACACUGCUGUCCGUAGAUUCGGCGGAUUGUAA